GUCAAUUGGUGGUUGUUUGGCUGCUGCCUAGCUAGCUAGCUGCUGGCUUCAUAAUCCAGACGACAAUGCGAUCGAUCCAAUUUGCUGUUCGAUCGCUGAUCGUACAGCAAAAACUCGCCCCGCGCUCCGAGUCUGACCCAGAAAGCCCGGUGGCAUUGGCAUUGGCAUUGCAUCCACAGCUCGGCGGCAGGAAUUGCGAUUCCGGUGCAUGCUGCAUGCACAUGAGCAUUAGACGAGCCGACGAGGAGCAACUUGCCAAGCAGCUAUCUUCGUUGAGAGCCUCGGCUUGCGGUUGCCUCGCUGUGAUAAAAGGAGUUGCCAGCGCCUUCUGGCUGCUAUUUGUGUCUCGUCCAGUCAGCCGUGCGGUGCCCCAACUAUCGCAGACUCGCCUCGCAUUCCAAAUCGACAUCAAAAUGCUACCCUGUCGCAUCGUGGUGGCAUUGAUGCUGCUGCUACUGCUCCACUACGGCAGCGCAGAGGAGCAGGCCACAGAUGAACCACAGUCAACGCCCGCCAUCCAUCGAUCCAAUGGCCGAGCGGGCUCAUCGCUGCUGUCGCAUAGCGAUGCCUACAUAGCGCGCAACCAGCGUCAGUGCUUCGAUACUCGCAAUCUGAUGUCCUGCAUCAAGUACAAGGCCUCGAAGCUAAUCUGGAAACUGGCCACCAAUGGCAUGGGCUUUUUCCCCAACGAAUAUGGACGUGAUUUGGCCGCGGAUAAGCACCGCCUCCUGCGGCUGGUCCAGUUGGGGGAGCCGGCCGACGAUAUUGUGGUGUUCAACGACGCCAAGAGCUUGGAAGGUGACAGCGAGCUGACGCUCAUCUUCAAGUUCCUCAAGCGGGCGGUGGAGACCUUCGGUCGGAACCACGGCCUCCAGUUGGCGUUAUCCAGCGAGACAGGCGCCCGCGUCAUGGACGAGUCGGAGGCGCGUCUGAAGAAGAAGAAGAGGAAAUGGCUCAUUAUCCUGCCGCUGGUCAUUCUGAUGAAAAUCGCGCACCUGAAAAUGACUCUGGUGUCCAUGCUAUUGACUGUAAUCGGCAUGAACGUGCUCUUGGUUGGCGGCGUGGGCUGGCUGAUUCACUAUCUGAAGUACAAGACCAUGUGCAAGAUCCAUCCGCACCUGGUGCAGACGCACUCGCAUGUCUACGACUCGGAGCCCUCAGACUAUUCGCAGUUUGUGGGCGGCAGCAGCUUCUCCAACUCCUACUCCCCCUACAGCUCUGGGGCUGGUGCCGGGCACGAGGGCAAUAACUAUAGCAAGGACUGGGCCACGAAUAAGGCCUACAAUGGCUACAACUAUCUGGACACAAUAAGCAAGAGGAUACAGUAGACCGAAGUGGAUUCGUGCCAGAGCCAGAAAUGUGUGCGCCUAGUAAAAUUCUCAUCGUCCGUGUCCGCCGUUGUCGUCAUUAUUGUUUAGCUAUAAUUUCAUAAGUUAAUUUAUUGUAAUUUAUUAAAUAUAUCUACGUAGUUUUUUUA